AUGCUCAGUAUCCAGAGAGGGUCAGAGCGACCCGGAAAAGAGAGGAAACAGUUGCUGAAUCAAACCUCCUCUUCUGGCUUCGGAGACCGGGAGUCGGAGGCGUCAGGAGAGGGGAGCGCGACCCCUCCGCGCCGAGCCGGGGCGCCCCCGCCUCCCCCGGGCCAGCGGUCAGCAGCCCGAGCCCAGGGCCAGCCCCGGCCGUGGGGAGCGCCCUCCUCGCCGUGCCCUCGGCGAGCAGCGGCCGGCCCCCUCCGGGAGCCCGGGAGCGGCGGCCGAUCAGCUGAGACCGGCCGGCCCGAGGCUCCCCGCGCCACCCCGGCCCCCCGGAACGCGGGCCCCAGCCCCGGGGGGCGGAGAGGGCGGGAGCGGCGCGGCGCGCCGGGCUGGGGGCCCGGACUCUCCUCGCGUCUCCCCCUCAGCCCGGGCUCCGCGCUGCGGGACGAGCCCCCCGGCUACUCCCCAGUCGCAGAGGAGGGAUUCCGGGGGAUGGGCCCCCUGGCGUUGCCCCUCCUCCCGGAGCGCCCCCUGCCCAGGAUAGACAGAGCGGCGACAGGCCCAGCCGCUGGGAAGGUGCUCUGCGAGCCGCCGCCGCCGCCGCCGCUGCCGCUGCCGGGGAGGGGUGUUGUUUCCCUCACACAGGAGGAGCCGCUGAAGCAGCCGCCGCCAUUUUGA